UGGAAGAAAAGUGUUAUGGAUACGUUAAAUAUGCUCGUAAAAUGCAAUUUAAAUUACGAUUUGUUUGUAUUGUGACAGUUUUUGUUUGUUUUAGUAUAUUGCUACAAAUUAAAACGCUGCCAUGAUAAUAGAAUGGGUUGAGACAGAAGAAUUCAUUCCAAGUUUCGACUUCCAUUUUUAUCUCAUAUUUCGGUUUUUAUCCUCAAUUACUGUAAUUCCCUAACAUUUUUUUAUUUGUUUCAUCCUCAAUUAAAACAUCUACUUGGUUAUCGCUCACUUAAAUAAAAUGUCUUAUGUCUUCCGCUCUUUUCACACAUUUUUAAAGCCAAUUAUGUCAAAUAUACGGAAUAAUUGUUUUAACGGUAUUAAAACUAAAAAUUUUAUAAAAGUUGUUGACAAUGAGGAUAAAAGAACUGCUUUAGUCAUUAUGCAGAAAUUGCCUGUAAAUAGUUUAAGUUUGGAGUUCAUGGAAGAAUUAAGAUUGACAAUCAAAGAGCUAGAAGAGAGAGAAUUUAGAGGUGUGAUUAUAACUUCUAGUGCACCAACAGUGUUUUCUGCUGGACUGGACCUCACAGAACUUUUUCACCCUGAAGAAAGCCGACUAAGGUCUUUUUGGAGGGCAUUGCAAGAAUUAUGGAAAACUAUUUAUGUCUCACCUUUAAUUACUAUAGCUGCUGUAAAUGGGCAUGCACCUGCAGGUGGAUGUUUGUUAUCGCUUAGCUGUGAUUACAGUAUAAUGGUCAAGGCUGAAAACGCAAAGAUUGGAUUACCUGCAACUAGAAUCGGUAUUUUUGCUCCAAAGUGGUUUGCAUCUAUGUAUAUAAAUGCCUUAGGAUUUCGGAGGGCAGAACAUGGGGUAAAAUUAGGCUUAGUGUUUUCUCCUGAAGAAGCUUUGAGAUAUAAUAUUGUAGAUGAGUUAGUAGACUCUGUUGCUGAUUUAUUACCUAAAGCUGAACAGGAAAUGGAUGAUUGGUUGAAAAUUCCGAAAUCAGCUUGGUAUAAAGCAAAAUUGAACUUUCGAAAAUCUGAGGUUGAUGACUUGAAUAGAUAUCAAGAAGAAGAAAUUGAAGAAGUUGUUAAACUUAUUUAUCUAGAGGAAACUCAAAAUAAUUUAGCCAAAUACUUUGAAAAUUUGAAGCAUAAAAGUCAGUGAAUUUAAUUAGAUUCAUUUUAAUCGGAUUAAGAAUUUGAAAUGCUUUUAGUAUGAAAUUUGAAGUGUAAAAGUUUGUGGAUUUAAUUAUAGAUUACCUGCAAAAUGAUUAUGAAGUAUGUAAUGUAAUAUUUUAAAAACAAGAAAAUAAGAGUACUUUUAUUUAACUUAACUUAUAAACUUAUUCUAUUGAUGUAUGAUUUUUCAUAAAUUUAAAAAAAAUUUAUUGUCUCAUUGUUUACAAAAAUAUCAAACUAGCCUAAAAAUUUAUUCUAUCCAGGUUUUAGAUUCAUGUUAAUUAAAAUUAUUUUUUAUUAUUGUAACUCUGGCCAUUGGAAAUAAAAAAAAGUAUUUGCUAUUGUUAUUAAGAAAUGUAAAUUAAGUUGAAAGAAAGCUUCACUCAAAUAAAAAGUAAUAGGACAUUUUAUCCUUUCUUAUUAUUAUGUUAAAUAAAUAACUGGUAGUAAACCCAUUUAUUUCUAAGUUGCUUUCGGGAGGAGUAAAAUAUUUGUGACUACCAUGGAUUAUUAUUAUUAUUUAUAUUUUUUGAAAAAGAACUUGUUUAAAGUGUCUUUUGUGAUUAAUGAUUUUGUAUAUUUUAUUUUAAUAACAUAAUAAAUAUUUUUAAAAAUUUUCUUGUUUAAUAAAUAAAUUGUUUGCUGUUGAAGAACAGAUUUUUUUUUUUAAAUUUUUUUAUUUUUAAAAAUGCAUUUUAUUUUUACAUAGUUGUGUUAAGAAAUAUAAUGCCAAAGUUUAGAAUCUUUCAAAAAUUAUUUUUAUAGUCUAUGUUAAAAACAAAAAUCGCAUAUUAUUUUUAUAAAAUUUUUGUUUAGAAUUCCUUCGUGUCAUAUUUUUGUGCAAAGUGUGUUUGAUUGUUGUAAACUGUUAUGCAUAUUGAGAAAACAGAUGCUGUUGGUCAAUUGGUUAAUCAAUGUUUUCAUUUUAUACAUGAACAGUUUGAAUAUUCAUCAAGUGCAUUAUUUUGCCAACUGUGAUUCAGGUUAUAAUAUAUGAAAUCAUAGUGUUGUAUGAAUUUAUUUGUUAAUGACAAGUGUUUUGCAUAAA